CUUCUUGCUUUGCUUGUCUAAUGAAAACCCCUAAAUGUCUUUAUGUUUCUCGUGUAGGUCAUGAUGGUUGUUGUGAGUAGUUGUGGAUUAGAAGACCUCGAGAAAUACUAUCCUAGGACAUCCUAGGCUUUUAUCACUUAUAUUACAUGAUCAAUGCUCCAUUUCUGCAAUACCCAUAAUAGUACUUUUAUGUCUUUGUUGAUUGUCCAAAAUAAUACAGUUUCUCGAAACUCACUCACACGAUCAAAAGGAACCAGCCACGAGUUGAAUCAUUACAUAAGGUAUUGUCUAAUACGUCGUAAGUUCUAUGAGCUUAUGUGAGUUGGAAAAAGGGAUUCAAAUUCAGCGAGGACUAUCCCAUCUUUGAAUAUAAUUCCACAAAUAAACAAUUCCACAAAUAAACAAGGAGUGUGUUAAUAAAUCAUAGAUUUUAUCCUCUUUCCUCCAUUGAAAUGGUGUGACUCUGCUACUUCAUGUCAUUUAAAGAAACUUACACUAUGCUUGAGAUAAACAUUAGAUUUUGAAACACUGUGCAUACUUUCAUACUGAAUUUUGGUUUUGCUCUUAAAAUGCACAGUUACUUUCAUAAAUAUUUAGCUUUGUACUCUCCAUAAAAAAAAAAUUCAGAUUAAUCUAUUAUUGACUAGAUAUUUCUUUAUGACCAAAGAUCGAUAUGAAAGGAAUACCCGUUGAGGGUGUAAAACCAAAUAUUGACCUACGAAUGCAUUUUAAUGGUAAAAUGAAAAUUUUGAUACGUAAAUGUGCAAAAUGGAUCUAAAUAAAAUAGGGUUAAUGUCAUGUUUAGUCAUAUUUAGUCACUAGAAAAAAUUAAUAUCAAUAAUAAUGGUCACUAAAUUUAGUAAAAGAUGUCAUGUUUGGUAACUCUCCGAUAGUCUCCAACUACGUUAAUAGAGUUUGUUAAGUGAUGACAUGACGAACGAAAUCGUCUAUCAGUUGGAUUUAACCCCACAAAAUUAAAACCCGCCACGUCAAAAAACUAUUCCAACCCAUAACCCAACCCUUUAUCUUCUUCUCUAUUUGACCUGACCGACCGAACCUUCUUCCUCUCUCCGAAAAUUUUCAUCUUCCCCAUCUUUCUUCUCUAAAGAUCCGGCCGCCUUCAGUUCCACCGCCAUCUCUGCCUGCUGACUCCUAGAGGAGGGUUGAUAACCCUUCUCUAUCAAGUAUCAACUCUCAUAUUUGAUAUUUCCCUUUUAAGUUUGCUGGAAAACGAUCUGGGCCAAGAGCCUUGUGCCCAUCAGUGAUUGGUGAAUGAAUUUACCACCGGAUUUCCAUUUAAAAAUGAAAUAGCUCCAAAAUGCUCUUGAAGCCGGGGUCGCGGAGGUGCCGAAGCCUAACUAGCAACGUCCCUGCUCUAGAUAACUUGUCCUUUUAUGGACAGAGUAGCUAUAUGGGAAUGGCUAUUUAUUUUAUAAAGAACAGAAAAAACUUGGUAGCUGGUUAGUAUUGCAACAUCACCGGCUCUAGCAGUCGUUCUCACUCAAAGUGGAAUGGGGAACCAGUCGGAAAAUUGGGCAGAGAAGAAUCGUCUACAAGGCGGCCCUGGGAUAAUUGAGGUUAAUCCUAACCCCCGAAAUGGAUUGACUUCAAAAGUCAUCGAUUUGGCGGAGAAAUUGGUGGGCAAGCUCGCCCACGAUUCGCCUCAGCCUCUUCACUACCUCGCCAGCAUUUUCUUUCCAGGUGGCAGCCGGCAGCGAUGGCGGUGGAGCAGGAGGCGGCUGGAUCCGGAGAGAAGAAAGAUGGGGAAGAUGAAAAUUUUCGGAGAGAGGAAGAAGGUUCAGGUCGAACCGGUCAAAUAGAGAAGAAGAGAAUGGGUUGGGUCAUGGGUUGGGUCAUGGGUUGGAUAGUUUUAAUGACAUGGCGGGUUUUAAUGACAUGAUGGGUCGGGUUUUAUUUUUUAUGUGUUAAAUCCGGCUGAUUAGGUGAUUCGGUUUGCUACGUCCCAACUUAACGAACUCUAUUAAUGUAAUGGAGUUGGAUGAAGAUUAACGAAGAGUGACAAAAAAUGACAUGUAUUACUAAACUUAGUGACUAUUAUAUAUAUUAAUUUUUAAUUUUUUCUAGUGACUAAACACCACACAUUUUAGUACAAUCGGUGACCAAACAUGACAUUAACCCAAAUAAUAUAUAUCUAAAAGUCGAAUUGGAUGGUUUUUUUAGAGAAGAGAAUGAAGAUGAUAAUUAGCAAUGAGUACUAGACUCUUUAUAUAGACUUUAGAAAAUAAAAAUUGUAUUUUUAUUUAUAACACUAAUUAGCAUUUAGUACUUCCCAAGAAAUGAACUAACAAUGCAAGUACAUUCCAUAGAAGAAACUGAUUUAUCACAUACCAACACGAUGAGUUGGACGAGAGUGUCAUGAUCUAAAUCCCGAGUUUGGUUGUGUUGAUCUCAGAGUGCACGACUUAUUAUGUCGUAAUCUAUAUUAUGACCUUAUAAGAUGAACUCUAGGUCUUGAGUGUGAGUACAAUCUUGGUGGGAUGAACGGUCAGAAUCGGCAAUCCAUUGAGGAGUUAAGAGUCUCCACUCAAUGUGGGGAGUACGUCUUACUGAUGUCAAUUGAAAAGUUGUGUUUAUCAUAUCAUUUCUUCUUGAUAUUUACCCUAUUGAUUAUGCAUUUAGAGUCGUUUUAGAGUGGAUUUUAUUACCGUUAGCUCCUUUGUGUAUUUGAUAGCCUCUAGGAGCUUUUUUUAUAAUUCCGAUGCCUUAUGAGAUAUUUCUUUAUGUUUUUUCAGCCCUAGACAUGAUAGAAGACGAGUGUACUACAGUCUACAAACACAUGGGGAUCUAAAGGGAUUAAAUUUCAUAGUCAAACAAGGGAGAUGCAGAUUUUUUAGAUAAUAUGCAAAAUGGUGGUGCAUAGCAACGAGUCAGGUAGUAGUCACGAUACAAGUUCAGAUGCACAACCAGAAAAUCUCAAAUUCUAUAUCAGGCAUACAAUUAAAAAGUUGGAUAAACACAACCCAUCUUAAUGAUGGUGACUAGGUUCAAAUUCAACUUCGUCUUCCGAUUGGGUACCCUCGACGUCCCCUUCUCCAAAAUUGACGUGGAUGGAUUUUUCGUACGUAUACAGUUAUGCUCUUAAAUUUUGCCCUUGAUUUUGACCUUUAUUAUAAUAUUUUUUGUCAAAAAUGUGUAUUAUUAAAAGUAGGGGUGUUCAAAUGGUUACCGUGGUUAUAACCAACCAAUUAAGUCUAAAUUUCAUUAACCAUGGAAUAAUAUGUCUUAACCAAACCGUCCAAAUUAACAAUAAAACCAAAUUAACCAAACUAAAAUUUUAAUUUGUUUGGUUAAUCGGAUAAUCGUAUUAACCAAAUAUCAUAACAUUACAGGAAAACAAAAAUAAACUAUCAUUUUAUAUAAGCAAUAAUAAUAAGACUAACCAUCCAUGAUUAUCAUUAAUAUUCGAGUUAAUACAUCAUUCAUCAUCUCUGCAUCUAAUACAAGUAGCUUACAACAAACCCCUUAAUAUAAAUACAUACCAAUACCCCUCAUGAGGAAGUUAAAGCUCAAUUAUAAAAAACUUAAACUACAUAGUUUGAGGUGCUUAUUAUGGUAUUGUACGUAAUCCUAAACACUUAAACUAUAAUUUUUGGCCCAUAAUGUUUUGGAUUGUUGUGCACAUGAAAAUAAAAUAGGAAAUCACGAAAGUUUGGUUUGGUUGAUUGCAUGGAAGUAUAAAUAAUUUUGUAUAUUAGGUGUAUCAUGUAAUUGGUUAAUUGAUUUAAUUGGUUAGAAGAGUUGAAACCAAACCAAACCACCUAAGCCAAAUAAGCUAAAUUAUUUAAC